AUGGGUUCACAUAUCGGAUUCCUCGAAUUAAUAAAGAAGCAGUUUACCGCCAGUAAACUCUUCUUCCACUUUCUUUUCUGGACUUUUCACUGGGGUAUUUUUGCCUAUGGUUGGUGGAAGCAAGCCGCAGAUGCCAGACUGGCAGGUCUCAACACACUCAAAUUCUCAGUAUGGAUCUCACGAGGUGCUGGUCUAGUUCUUAGCGUCGAUUGUAUGCUUAUCCUGCUCCCUGUAUGCCGAACCAUCAUGCGUUGGGCUCGACCCAAGAUUCGAUUCAUUCCACUCGACGAGAAUCUCUGGAUGCAUCGCCAACUCGCCUAUUCCAUCCUUCUCUUCACCUGCCUUCACACAGGCGCCCACUACGUCAACUUCUAUAACGUCGAGUUGACUCAGAUUCGACCUGUCUUGGCUCUUCAGAUUCACUAUGCUCAGCCUGGUGGAAUCACUGGUCAUGUCAUGCUUCUCUGCAUGUUGCUGAUGUAUACGACCGCUCACGCUCGCAUCCGCCAGCAGUCAUUCGAGACGUUCUGGUAUACCCACCAUCUCUUCAUCCCGUUCUUCCUCGGUCUUUACACCCAUACCGUUGGAUGUUUCGUGCGCGACACACCUGAGGCCAUCUCACCAUUCGCGGGUGACGAGUUCUGGGAGCACUGUAUUGGUUAUCUUGGAUGGCGAUGGGAGCUCUGGACCGGUGGUUUCUACCUUCUUGAGCGUCUGUGGCGUGAGGUUCGUGCUCGACGUGAGACCAAGAUCACCCGAGUUGUUCGCCAUCCUUAUGAUGUGGUUGAGAUCCAGUUCAACAAGCCUUCCUUCAAGUACAAGGCUGGUCAGUGGCUCUUCCUCCAGGUACCCGGGCUCUCCAAGUACCAGUGGCACCCUUUUACCAUCACUUCGUGCCCCUUUGACCCUUAUGUGUCUGUCCACGUUCGCCAAGUUGGUGACUUCACCCGAGAGUUGGGUGAUGCGCUCGGUGCUGGUGCUGCCCAGGCUAAGCUCUACGACGAUGUUGACCCUAUGGGUAUGUACGAGGUUGCCCUUCAGAACGGUGAUCAGAUGCCAGCCCUCCGAAUCGACGGCCCUUACGGUGCCCCUGCCGAAGAUGUAUUUGAGAACGAAAUCGCUGUGCUUAUCGGUACCGGUAUUGGUGUCACUCCUUGGGCCUCUAUCCUCAAGAACAUCUGGCAUCUCCGCAACUCGCCCAACCCUCCCCGCCGACUUCGACGUGUCGAGUUUAUCUGGGUGUGCAAGGAUACUGGUUCAUUUGAGUGGUUCCAGACUCUCCUGUCAUCUCUAGAAGAGCAAUCUAACGAAGCGGCACGCAUGCCUGGAAGCUCGGGCGUCGAGUUCCUCAAGAUUCACACCUAUCUCACACAGAAGCUGGAUAUCGACACUGCUCAAAACAUCGUACUCAACAGUGUCGGCGCUCAGAUGGAUCCCCUCACAGAACUACAAUCACGAACAAACUUUGGUCGCCCUGAUUUCCCUCGUCUGUUUACUACCAUGCGAAACGGUAUCUUGGACCGAACAUACCUGAACGGUCUAGAGUCUCAUAUCAGGACGACAGUUGGUGUUUACUUCUGUGGUCCAUCAUCAGCCGCUCGUGAUAUCAAGACGGCUUGUAAAGCAGCCACAGUUCCUGAUGUGGAGUUCCGAUUCUGGAAGGAACACUUCUAA